UACCAAUUGUGCAGGUGAGACGUGUUGAAACCAACGAAACCAACAGGCGGCUUGCGGACGAAUAAGCAGGGCGCACUCCAUGCCGGAGGCCAACCAUGAGGAGGCACCGGGCGUGAAGGUGAGUUGACUGUUGAUUCGGUGGUGAAAUGGAAAUAAACAGCGGCGAAGCCUUUUCUCUCGGCCAUCUGGGGGAAAAAAGGAGAGGAAGGAAAAGUCGAAUCUCACUCCCUCCCUCUCUCUCUCCUACACAGCGAUUUUCUUUUGGCUCUAAGAUCCUCGACUUUCACCUUCUCACAAACAAUUACAUUCACAAAAAGCACCAAGAUGGAGCGCGAUAAGAAGGACAGCUGCGGUCUCCUCGCUCACUGCCUCCCGCAGUUCCAGUCGAGCCCAAAGGCAGCCACGUCCGACAAGCAGACGAGCAUCAUCAAAGACCAACCCCUUCGUUCUGCCCAGGACGCCGCUUCCGAAUUCAUUGACAUCCUUCGCACCGCCGAAAAGGGAGGCAAAGACCUCGAGCGCCGCCUCAGAAACAUCGUGGCGGUCAACUCCUGGACCGAGGAGCUCGCCAAGUAUAUCCUCUCCGGCGUCGAAGGCCUCGUCCGCCACCGCGAUACCAUCGGCCAAGUUGUGAGGGAGACUGUGGACAAGUCGACCGAAGCCGCUGAGAGCGUGUUCGAGUUUGCCAAAGAGCAUCCUGUCUUUGUGACUAUCAUCGCCAUUGGCGUGUUGGUCAUUAUCGCUCCCUGGGUGCUUGAGGCCCUUGGCUUCGGUGAACUUGGACCGAUUGCUGAUACCUUUGCCUCGUGGUGGCAGGCGCGAUAUGCCGGAUACGUUCCCAAGGGAUCUCUCUUCUCCUUCCUCCAACGCCUGGGAAUGACUUGGAAAUGACUCCUUGUGUUACUUGGAAAAGGGUUUCGAGUGCGAGCCAAGCUUUAGCGCUUUCAGCUGGACUUAUUCGAGGAUGGCGGAAAGGACAAGGUAUCGCGAGAUGUCGUUGAGCAAGGAUAAUUAGUUAAUGGCCAACUCUUGGUAGACCGACGGCUAAGAUCCCAGAUGAAUCUCGUCGCCCUGCAACCUAUUUCAAUUUCACCAAUUGCUUUAUUGCGCUUGUAUAUCACACAUCGUUAGCGAUUACGACUUGACCAAGUCUUUUUCAAACGAAUGACGGCCCAGUAAUAACAUUAUGUCCCUUGCUCGACCUGGUGUAUCAUAAUCAAG